AUGCCGUCACCGGAGAUGUCAUAUAGUCCCGCCUACUAUCAGGAUCAGGGACCUCUUGGAACGACAAACCCUCGCAACCCAAUCGUCACCCCUCCACCGGCUACCCGGCAAUCCCAGGAACAUUCCUCCGUACUGGGUCACCCAGUAGGCAUAUCUCGACCCUCCUCUCCUAUACCAAGCCGCGAAGCCAGUCUCCGCACUUCCGGCUCACGAGCACACCGUGUAUACCAUCAUCAGACACUGGGAGGAUCUUCCUGGCCCGGUUCAGACACCCGAGAGAUCGAUUCCGGUCCGACAAGCGGCUCGACAUCAAGUGGUGCACACAAGGAAGAGCGAGCUCAGAGCGGCUGGGCAGACCGGCCGUCAUUAAUGUCGGGGGAAAAUUCCAACCCGAGCAUAAUCCGAGCCCGAAAACGAGGCAUUCCGGAUGACGAAAUAGUCACGAAUGAGGGCCGAGAUGCUCUCUUGAUGCUGUUCCGUCUCACAAUUGUCCCAUUCUACUCAUUCGCCGCUUCUCUAUAUACUAUCUUCGCCUUCCUCUUCGCCCUCGUCGUCUCACCUUUCCGUCUCUGCUCAUUUUCCCCAUACCUCCGCGCAACGACAUUUGUAUCACAACUUUGCGAUCUCCUUUCUCCUGUCCUCCACAUCCAUGAACGACUCGUUUGCUUGUACCCUCCAUCAGUGGAAGAUCGAUCAUCCUCGACCCAAUCGACCCAAUGGAUCCACUCAGAGCGCGAUUCAGACCAACCAUCAGUCUUAUCUGAGGCGAGUGAGGUCUAUUCUGUGCUGGCUUCAUUUUUCGUCCUGGUCCUAUCCCCGUUACUUAGCAUUGUGAUUCUCCUUUUCGCAUGGACAGCCGCAUUUUUCUGGAUCUUCUCCAUGGUACUGGGCAACCCGGACGGCACCGAGCGCAAGGAUGACGGCCGCACCGCUGUUCUUGGAGUGUGCAAAUGGUGGCGAUCAUGGCUCUGCAAAGCCCGGAAAUCAUAA